AUCCUCAUCCUCACACACUCUCAACUCGACAACUCAACAACCUCGAGCACCGCUCAACACUCUUCGGGGUCUUCUUCUCUCUUUCAGUCGCUCUUUUAGCAACAGUCACUCGUUCAUCAACAACCUACCGCAACAAUGCGCUGCAACAUUGCUCUGGCCUUCGGCCUCGGUGCUUCCACCGCCAUGGCUUCCAGCCACUUCAAGGCCGCUGCUCGUCAGCCCGUCUAUCAGCGCCAGGCUCCUGGCCAGUCUGUCAGCUCUGACAUUCCCGGCCCCUCUUCCGUCGCCUCCUCCAUGGCUCCCGGCCCUUCGGGUGCCCCCGCCAACCCCGGCACCAUCGGUGGCUACUCUCUCCUCGGCUGCGUUGGCUCUGACGCCGGCUUCCCCGGCUUUGUCCUUGGCGAGUCUUCCGGCGCCAUGACCAACGAGCUCUGCAUUGCCUCUUGCCCCACUGGCACCAAGUUCGCCGGUACCAACGGCCGCGACUGCUACUGCGGUGAGGAUCUCGGCACUGCCGAGUCUGUCGCCCCCGGUUCUUGCAACAUUGAGUGCCCCGGCAACGCCCUCCAGUCCUGCGGUGGCUCCAUCGGAGGCGGCGUCGCCAAGCGCCAGCUGCCCCUGAGCAUCCUCCUCACUGUCUACGUCCUCGUCGAGCCCGUCCCCGGUCAGGGCACUGUCACUGUCACCGGCACCACCACUGUCACCGACACCGUCACCACCACCUUCACUGGCUCCGCUGGCUCCGUCGUCACCGCCACUCAGACCAUCACUCGUACUUUCUGCCCUACCUGCGGCCCCUGCCAGGGACCUUACUGCCCCAAGCCCCUUCCCACUCCCGGCCCUGACGCUCACUGCUACGGCGAUGACUGCUUCAAGAAGAUCGUCUGCUUCGGCGGCUGGUGCUCCUUCGACUACCCCUGCUUCGGUGACUGGUGCAACAAGCGCGUCGUCUGCCACGAUGACCGCUGCCGCGCUGAGGAGUGCUACGGAGACGACUGCCACAAGAAGGUCUGCUGCACUGGCGACUCUUGCAAGUACGAGACCGACCGCCACUCCGAGGGUGACUACUGGAACAAGAAGGUCAUCUGCUACGGCGACCACUGCGAGGAGGAGCAGUGCCACGGCGAUGAGUGCAAGAAGAACUACGUCUGCCAUGGCGAUGAGUGCGGCCACGAGGCUUGCCACGGCGAUGAGUGCCACCACACCAAGGUCUACUGCCAGGGUGAGGACUGCAAGCCCGAGGAGGAGUGCCACGACUGCAAGCCCGCUCCCGUCAAGCCCUGGACUCCCGAGGACGAGAAGACCUGGAACAACAAGCACACCGCCGAGUACCCUGCCCAGCCCCAGUACCCCGGCCAGCCCCAGCAGCCUGCUAAGCCCGUCACUCCUGUCAACCCCGCCAAGCCCGUCACCCCCACUGGCAACGUCUACCCCGAGGGUGACCACGUUGUCGUUGCCGGUGCCGAGAAGGCCAUCGCCAGCUUCGGCGUCAUCGCCUUCGCUGCCGCCGCUCUCUUCCUGUAAGAGGUGGUCGCUCGUCGACAACAGCAGCAGAAAUGGUGGCACUUUUCCACAUCUCUGCUCUCUACCCCUUUCUCUUCUCUCGCAUCUCCAGGCUUCGGGCUCUCCUAGGAACCCGACUGCUCGGAUGAUAGAUUUGGGGUUUCAACUCUGCCGGGCCUGGUAAUCAAGAGAAGCAAUCCACCGGGACACGCUUCAAUGGCUUGCGGGCGUGAUUGUUGCUUAGGUAGUACAAUGAAUCGUUUUGAAAUUA